AUGUCUUUGAGCGAGGUCGGGCAGCGUGCACUGCACCUGAGGGUGCCGGAGCCUCCAAGUUCGAAAGACAGGGUCGCGUACGGUUUCCUCGGAUUGCUAAAUUGCUUCGUCUUCGGCCUCGGCGUCAUCAUUCUCGGUUUCAUUGAGAACGACGUCUCCAACAUGAUGAUUGGAGUCCUCCAACUUCUCCUGCCUAUCGUUGGAUGGAUCUGGGCUCUCGUCUGGGGCGUCCUCAUCGUUCUCAAAGCGGUGCUGAAAGACACGGAAUAUUCCAGUCCGGUGUGA